AUGAAUCCACAGCAAGCCUGGAAUGAGUGGGAUGAAACUCACAGGUACCAGACACAGCAAGACACUCAACCACGGCCCGGAUACGCGCCCACUCCUCAAUAUUAUCAGCCUGCUGCAGAGAUCCAGCUCCAAGAGCGUUCAACAAAUAGUUUCCGGUUCGAUAAUAUCACGCCAGCGCACUUCCGCCAAGAUCAACAACCGCAACUGCUAGUUGAGAGCGUAAGAGAUGCAUCUGCGGGGGCGGGGCCCGUUCGCACGGCACGUCGAUCUGCGCAGGCGUACGGUACGCAUCCGUACCAGCGUCCUCAGUCCGCAGCGCCGCUGCGCACCGGCACCGCAGCCAGACUGUCCCCAGUGCACGAGCGCUGCCCCGCCGCCAACGUCUGGCGGGAGCGACUACUACUGAGCACGCUUCCCGGCGCCGAGGCGCCGAGCCUGAGCUUCGAUCGCCCCGGCACCUCAGCCGCAUCAACGCCCACCGUCACGCCCGCGCACCACGCCCAAGGCCUGCCCGCCGUCCCCGCGCACGCGCACGCGAACAUGCCGCGCUACAACAUCCGCGCGGACGUGCACUUCGACGCGGCGCGCGGCCUGCUCAUCGCGAUGCUCGAGCUGCCGGGCGUGCGCAAGACCGACGUGCGCAUCUCGCUCGCGCAGUGCCCGCACUCGCGCAUGAAGGUGCUCGCGGUCGCCGGCGUCGCGUUCCCCUCGCACUUCAUCUCCGACAGCGCGCACGGCGGCGCGCUGCACGCCGUCCGCGAGCGCAAGUGCGGCGCGUUCGGGCGCUGCCUCCCCGUGCCCCCCGAGACCAAGGUUGCACGUUUCGCAACAGCUCUGAAUUACAAGUACAACGCAUUCGCUCUGAAGAAUCCCCCUCAAGUCGCUCUCCCACCUGCUUUCGACUCGCAACAAAAUGUAUCAUAUACCGUCUCGUCCCAGUUCCCCGCGUCGCUGAACAUUGGUAUCCUGCGCCCUUAUUUCUUGGCCACGGCUCCUGUUCUCAUGGAUCAUUUACCUUACUGA